AUGGUAACUGUAAGCUGGAGCAUCAGUGAGAAUCCCACUUUUCUGAUCUGGAUUUUUGCUCUGAUGACCGUUCCUGAGGGACUGAACCAGAGUACAUCCUCUACAGUCCCAGGCAUGGCACUGACAUAUUGCGUAAUGAGAAAGAAGUCUGGAGUUUUUGAUCAUGAGUUUCAGGAGACCGUAUGGAAGAGACUGCGUAUUCUGGAGGGCCAGAACAAGGAAGUUCUGGCACUCUUUAAUAUAAGAUGCUCAUGUGCAUUAUAUCACUGCUUUUGCUUAUGUUUCUUACUUUCAUCGAGGCUGGUCACCAUCAACACAGAAAAUGAUCUCUUCAUUCUCACCUUUAAGACUGUUCAAGAAAUCUGGAAAUUUUCAAAUUAUCUUUCUCUAGGUUUUGUCAGUCGCUGUUUGGAGAACCAGUUGUUUGACAGCCUUUUCUGGCUGGAUGUUGUUCUCAUAGAUGUGACACUCCAGGUUGAAGUGAAUGAAGCCCAAUUCUCCGUGAUAUAUCUGGACCUUCUGUUGCAAGAAGGUGAGGCAGCCAAUUUGGCUCGUGCAGAGUCAGGAAUGUCAGUGAACGGGGCAGAAACCAUUCUCUCAGGUACAGGUACCUGUUUUGCAGCGAUGAUUUACGAGGGAGAUGAAAAAGAUGAACUGUGUUUCUGUGAGGGGGACAGAAUCAAAAUCAUUGGCUUCCUCCUGUCUAACCUAAAGUGGUUUAUGGGGAAGUCCUUAUCUACUGGAGAGACUGGCUUUGUCCAAGUAAAGCACGUGUUUCCAGAGGAAUUCAAGGCAGUGGAAACAAAUCUCCAGUUCCUGAGUGAUGAACAGAAAUCCUCUUUAAUGGUAUUUGAAAAGCACGAUGAACAAUACUACAUCGACCUCCUGAAUAAACUCCCCAAAAAUGAUAUCAGCUUUGUGUAUCGCUCAGGAAGAAAAUGGAUAGUGGCGUUCUGUGUCAGUGUGACUUUGUUAUUGCUGUUGAUGACACGCCAGCGUGGGGAACUUCGUAGAAGCCAGUUUUUUGUAUCGGAUGAGUCCGAAGAUGGAGCCGGUGAACCCAAGUUCUACAUAGACCUGAACCCAGGAAAUCUGGAAGACCCUGAGGUCUUUGACCCCAUCCUAUCAUUCCUGAAGUAUAACAUACACUUCCACCAUUUGUACGAUCAUUCCUUUUCCUUCCUGAGUUGCAUGCUGUACGGAGUAACAAAAGAGCGAGAGGUUCUGCAGUAUUUGAAACUGACCAGGGAAGUGGCCAGGAGGAGCCAGAUGACUUGGGCUUUGUGCAGAAUCUGUUUCCUGUUCGGGAGACUUUGUGCCAGGAGCAUGCGGUACUCUCAGGCCAGGAUCUACUUCGAGGAAGCCAUGAGCAUGGCUGGGGGUGGCUGAUUCUUCGAUCUGUGCUUGCAGACAGCGUUGUACGUGAACCUGGCAUCUGUGUACCUGAAGCAGAAGAUGAAAGACAAGGGUGAAGCGCUGGCAGAAAAGGCUACGUCCCUUCUCCUGUGCAUCACACAUCACACGUUCAGCUCAGAAAACGAGCUGGACAUCCUCAACAUUGCCCUCGGGAAAGCUAUCCUCACCGACGACUGCUACCUGGAAUCCCGCAUCUGUUUCCUGGUGGUGAGGCUUUUCCUGGCAGUUGGAAAGGGUGAGGAAGCGCUGCCCUAUGCCAAGCACCUCCAGUUCCUUUCCAAACAAUUUGGUUUGCAGCGAAGAAUCGUCCCGAUUGAAUUGAAUGUUCUCCUGGCCGCACUGUAUGCUGAUAAAUGCUUGCCACGUCUUGCACUGGCUGCAGUCAGACUGGCUCAAUCCAGCACGGGAUGGAUCGUUGCAGAAGCCAACCAAGCAUCAGCAAUAUUGAAUUCCCUUUUACAAUCAUCGCACGAGACUGAGCAGCGCGGAGUAGUCUACAACAUGUUGGCAAUUUCUCAAAGGGAAGAAAAACGGCUGAAGGAAGCGUUGAAAAGCUGCCUCACUGCUCUCAUGAUUCCAGAGGAGACUGUGCUGAAACGAAACCAAGCCCUGGCUCAGGCCAACACUGGCUCUCUGAUGCUUAGUUAUAAAUCUUUCACAUUAUCCGGACGUUACCUGAGGAAAUCCCUCCAGCUCUACUUAGAAAUGGACGACUGCACCUCAGACGAGGGUUUUGUGCAGGUUCUUCUCUGGUUAGGGCAAUACCACGUAGACAGAGGGAUGAGAGAGGAUGGGAGGCUCCACUAUGAGCUAGCACUUGCGACGGCUAUGAGCAGCAAUGAUAUUCACUGUAAGGACGGCACCAUAAUACACAAGCAUAUUACACUCACUAUUUCACCACUCUUUGUGAAAACCUGCCAAAUCCAGGCCGUUGAGCUGCUCUGCAACUUCUAUGAGAUGGUUUUACCCAGUAAAUGACAAUGCAUUGUUUAUUAUGAGCACUGGCUGAAACUUGUUCCCAAUGUGAAGGACAAAGAGCAAGAGUUAAAAAUACUCAACACACUUAGUCACCUUUACCUGUGUCUUCACACCAAGAGUUCUUACAAGUCAUCCAUAGACUUCACCAAGCAGAGGCUGAAGAGCUUCAUUGAUCUGGGAAUGAAGGAGAAGGAGGCGGGAGUCUGGCUAAUGGCUGGAAAAAUCUAUCACAUGAAGCAAAAAGAUGAACUGGUUGAGCUGUACCUUCAGGUAAGUCACCAGCUCGGAGGCAAUAAAUCUCGGCAGAGCUUUGAGUUGAACUCCAUGUUUAUUAAGCAGCUCAUGGGAAAAACUUCCACAAUUGAUAUUGACGAGAAGCCCAUUACUCACUUGUCUAAUGGCAAGCUGCUCGGCCAUACAGACAGCCAGGAGGACAGAGGACCUGGGCUUUACCAUGACAAUCUUCGAGGCAGCCAGAGAUGUGUAUUGCAAUUGGUCCAGGAGGCGAGAGAAAGUCACAACGACGGGGCUAUAACUCUGGCGAGAUUGGUGGGAGACCCUCACACAGAACUGGGACUUCUUAAUAAAUUAACGCAGUUGAACAUGGCAGUGAGACAUGCGGCGCUUGCCCUGGAAUGCGCGAUUGCGGCUGUCAGGCUCAGUGUGAACUUCGGAGAUCAGCUGAAGCAGCAGGUUGCAUUUUAUCGACUAGCCACAGUGUACUAUUCAGCCAAGGAGUACAAGAUGGCAGAGAAUUAUUACCUCAAGUCUCUGUCCCUCUGCUCUCAGCCGCUGCUCUGUGCUGGAGAGAGUAAACCCUAUAUGAGGGUUUACUGCAGGCUUGGAGAGAUCACACUGCACCAACUCGAGGAUGCACCUGAUGCAGCUGUAUAUUUCCACAUGGCUUUGGCUGCAGCGAUGGAACUGGGGAGCAAAUGGGGUUUGUUAAUAUCUGCACUUAGGCUGGACAGUAUUUACAGGAACUACCUGAGGGACGAAGCUCUGUAUUCGGAGUUCAUUAAGAAAGUGACUGCACUCAAUACAGGGCUGCACAUUAGCAACAAGAGGCAAAUUUGA